AUGAAAGCGAUGAGUGGUUAUACUUUACCACGUAUUCUGAAUAUCUAUAAGACAGAGAAAGAUAUAUUGGAUAAAGUAUUGGAUCAAAGCAAAUAUGACCUGAGAAUAGUUGCCCGACAUUACAACGAAACGACCAGAAGUACUGAACCGGUGAUCGUUCGGACAAAUAUGUAUAUUCGGGGCAUUGAAUACAUUAGCGUCGAUAAAAUGGAGUAUAAAAUACAAAUGACUUUUAGACAGCAAUGGACUGAUGAUAGGCUCAAGUUUGACGACAUGAAGGGACAAAUUAAAUACCUAGUGCUCGACGAUCCCAACAGAAUAUGGAUACCCGACACCUUCUUCUCCAACUCCCGGUUCACUCUAUCGCACACUGAUAUCAGACCAAACUUAUUGUUCCGCAUAUAUCCCAACGGGAAUGUGUUGUUUUCCAAACGUAUGACCGCAACCCUCGCCUGUCCAAUGGAUCUCAAAUAUUUUCCAUUCGAUAGACAGAUAUGUUCCAUACAAAUGGCCAGUUGGAGCUAUACGACCGAUGAUAUGGUACUGCUUUGGAAAGAAGGCGACCCUGUACAAGUUACCAAGAGAUUGAAUCUAAAUGAAUUUAAACUUGAAAAAUAUUUUACCGAGUAUUGUACAUCCAGAACAAUCACAGGAGAAUAUUCUUGUCUAAAAGUGGAUUUAAAGUUUACAAGAAUUACUGUCAAGUAUUUGUUCCAGUGGUUCGUCACGACAGCGAUGCUUACAUUUAUAUCGUUUUUGUCAUUUUUAAUGAAAUCAAGUAAUUCAUCACGAAUUAAGUUUUUAGUGGCCGUAUUGUUGAUGCUUUACACCCAUAUUGUUGUGAUCAAUAUGUGGUCCGAAGCAAAAGUGUCGUACUUUAUAGCAAAGGACUGGUGGUUUAUGUGGUGCACAAACUUCAUCGUUGCCGCUAUUAUCGAGUUUGCAAUCGUUAAGGCCAUUGAUUAUAAUUGUAACAAAAACUCAAACAAUCAUGGACAUUUUGGAGACAAUGUCGCAUUGAAAACGUUGGAAACAAAGGAAUGUUACGACAAUUGUCGGGAAAAGUGGAGGAAUAGUACAUUUGGCCGUAAAAUAGAUUUGUUUUGCGCUGUGAUAUUCCCA